CAUAUGAAUCAAAAUACGUGUCAGAAACAUCUUGAAAUACUACAGAAAUUAUGUUACGAAAAUGAUAAUGUAUACAUACCUCUUUGAGUGGUCCAUCGACAUUGAUGAUAAAGAAAUGAGAUGGGUUGGAGGAAAAAAUUAUCUCGGGCCAGGAUAAAGACUUGCUGCUGCCAAUAAGACUACGUGUAUUCUCUUGGCAGCAGGUUUGAUGCUUUCCAUAAAUAGGAACUUGGAGAGGUAUUGCUUUAAGUAACAGGCACGAAUGCCUGGGCGAACAACUGAUCUCUUAACUGACCCCCACAAUCUCUCUAUCGUCUGUGUGUGCACCGACGCAUUUGUCGGAUCAACAAAAUUUUCACUGUGGUUGAUGCCUUAUAAUUUAGCACACUCAUCGAUACUCGUAUAAAGGAGUUUUACGUGAGAUACAUCAUGAAUAUUGAUCAUGUUUUAAAAACGAAUGUCAGCCGUUAUAAAUAAUAGAUAAUAACUCUGUUUAUAUAAUAUAUCUAUGGUGAAUAACGGUGAAAUAUUUCUUCUGAAUUAAUAGCAACAUUUGUUUUCCUCAUUGCCAGGAAUAUUUACAAAAGUAUUUCGCAUUGUGUUUGAAUGUGAGAAAAUCUGGAAAGGUGUUUGUAUCAUUUUCAGAUAUUCAAGAUCAGAUUUGCUGUAGAAUAUAUAUAUAAAGAAGAAGGGGAAAAUAUAUUUUCUGUCUGUAUACUACAGAACAAUAAUGAAUAGUCUGGAGAUGUUAAAAGAAAGAGAAAAGUUAUCAGACCAAUGUGAUAUCUGUAAAAAGACUUUUUCUAAUAAGGGAAAUCUCACUGUUCACAAAUUCAUUCAUGCAGGGGGGAAACUGUAUCAUUGUGAUAUCUGUGGUAAAUCAUUCUCUCGAAAAAGUCACCUUACUCAUCACAAAUACACUCAUACUGGAGAGAAACCAUAUCAGUGUGAUAUCUGUGGUAAAUCAUUCUCUCAAAGGACUGUCCUUUCUUAUCACAAAUUCGUUCAUACUGGAGAGAAACCAUAUCACUGUGAUAUCUGUGGUAAAUCAUUCACUCAGAAAUGUAGCCUCACUCAUCACAAAUACACUCAUACUGGAGAGAAACCAUAUCACUGUGAUAUUUGUGGUAAAUCAUUCUCUCAAAAGACUCCCCUUUCUUAUCACAAAUUCGUUCAUACUGGAGAGAAACCACAUCACUGUGAUAUCUGUGGUAAAUCAUUCUCUAAAAAAUAUAACCUAACUAAACACAAAUCCAUUCAUACAGGAGAGAAACCAAAUCAAUGUCGUAUUUGCGGUAAAUCAUUCUCUCAAAGAAGUUACCUUGAUUCUCACAAAUACAUUCAUACAGGUGAGAAACCAUAUCAGUGUGAUAUCUGUGAUAAAUCCUUUUCAUUAAAAAGUUAUUUAACUACUCACAAAUCCAUUCAUACAGGUGAGAAACCAUAUCGAUGUGAUAUUUGUGGUAAAUCAUUCACUCAGAAAUGUAGCCUCACUCAUCACAAAUACACUCAUACUGGAGAGAAACCAUAUCAAUGUGAUAUUUGUGGUAAAUCAUUCUCUCAAAAGACUGCCCUUUCUUAUCACAAAUUCGUUCAUACUGGAGAGAAACCAUAUCACUGUGAUAUCUGUGGUAAAUCAUUCUCUAGAAAAUAUAGCCUUACUAAACACAAAUCCAUUCAUACAGGAGAGAAACCAUAUCACUGUGAUAUUUGUGGUAAAUCAUUCUCUCAAAGAAGUUACCUUGAUUCUCACAAAUCAGUUCAUACAGAUGAGAAACCAUAUCAGUGUGAUAUCUGUGAUAAAUCCUUUUCAUCAAAAAGUCAUUUAACUACUCACGAACUCACUCAUGCUCAUGAGAGGUUAUAUCCCUGUGAUAUUUGUGGUAAAUCGUUCAUUCGAAGGAGAGGCCUUACUUAUCACAAAUACACUCAUACAGGAGAGAAACCAUAUAAAUGUGAUAUUUGUGGUAAAUCAUUCUCUCAAAAAGGUCACCUUACUUAUCACAAAUCAGUUCAUACAGGUGAGAAACCAUAUCAGUGUGAUAUCUGUGAUAAAUCCUUUUCAUCAAAAAGUCAUUUAACUACUCACGAACUCACUCAUGCUCAUGAGAGGCCAUAUCCCUGUGAUAUUUGUGGUAAAUCAUUCACUCAAAGGAGAGGCCUUACUUAUCACAAAUGCACUCAUACAGGAGAGAAACCAUAUAAAUGUGAUAUUUGUGGUAAAUCAUUCUCUCAAAAAGGUCACCUUACAUAUCACAAAUCAGUUCAUACAGGUGAGAAACCAUAUCAGUGUGAUAUCUGUGAUAAAUCCUUUUCAUUAAAAAGUUAUUUAACUACUCACAAACUCACUCAUGCUCAUGAGAGGCCAUAUCAGUGUGAUAUCUGUGGUAAAUCAUUCUCUCAAAAAAGGUACUUAAAUGGACACAAAUGCAUUAAUACAGGGGACAAACCAUAGCACUGUAGUAUCUGCAGUAAAUUAUUCCGUUUAAGAAAUUAUUUAAUUAAUUACAAGUCUGCUCAUACUGGAGAGAAACUAUGUGACUGAUGUCUGCAGCAAAUCAUUCUAUUGUGAAUAUGCUGUAUAUACUUAUAAACGUAUUCAUACAGGAGAGAAACUCUAUUGCUGUGAUACCUGAGGUAAAUCAUUCUCUGUGGAACAAUAUUGAACUCAUCACAAAUCCAUUCAUACAGGAGAGAAAUCCUAUCACUGUGACAUCUGUGACAAGUCAUUCUUUCAUAGAGAGAAAUAAUAAACUAAACACAAACAUAUUCAUACAGGAGAAGAUUCUUAUGACUGUGUAAUCUGUGCUAAAUCAUUCUCUCAAUAAUCUACCUUAACUAAACAUAUACUUAUUCAUAUUGAUCAAUAACAAUAUCAAUGAUAAAACAGAUGUCCUGCUGAAUAAAAUACUGCAAAUGUAUUACUUUUUACAAAAUAAAUUCAUUUUUCACAUUUUCCUCAUUUGCAUCAACUCACUAAUUACGAUUUGUGUUUUUUAUUCAAACAAUAUUGAUUAUAUUAAUUUGCUCUGUUUUCUUGAGGAUAUAUUAUUUUGACACAAAUGUAUUACACUCCAUUUCCCAGCCAUGAUCAGUUAUCCUCUGCUGGACACACUCAGGGAUCCCAGGAUCUGCACCCUUUGUGCUACUGCCCACAUAUUCUGGCACUAGCUGGAGGCUUAUUGCUGUUUGUCACAGUUUUGGGUGUAGAGUGGGAAAUAUUUUUCAAAAGCCUAAUG